CUGUACAUCAAGGGCCACCAGGAGUAGAAUCCUCUUCCUCCUCUUUACUACAGAAUUUUGAAGAGUGGAUAAUUGCGAAAGCCGACUUCGUAUCGUCAGGUGGCUUGGCAGAAAUGAUGGGGAUGGAUGACUACAACGAUUUACUGAUGAACGGAGAAGAUGGGCAGCAGCAACAGAGUAUGUUGAUCAGAAGGAGUAGAAGUGGAGCAUGGGCCUCAGCGUCCUCAGGUCAACAUCAGCAAGGAUUUGCUGGAUCCUCAGGUCAACAUCAGCAAGGAUUUGCUGGAGGAGGUAGAGCACCAGCGAGUAGAGCGUCUGCAACAUCACUGACCAAGAUCGAUCGUCUGCAAUACAUCGUGAGUCAGCACGUUUUUCUCCUAUGGUAUGCGUGGUUCGUUUGCUGCUACAUGGUCAUUCGAAGCAUCUACAAGGGCGAUCCUUUUCUGCUGAAGAACUAUCUAUGUUGCUGCUGUGGCCCACUGCUGUGUGGAGGCUGCUGUUGCCGUAGUGAGAAACGUGGACGACGUGGGAAGAAGAUAUCUUCACCCCCCACGCGACGUGGAGGAGGAGGAGGUCCUCGGAACAGCACUGGAGAUCAUGAUAGGAGGAUGUUUGGCAACCUGUUUUCAGGAGGAACGGGAGGUCAUGAAGGAGGUAGAGAUUUUUUAGGUGGUGGGCAAGAGCAGGCUACAUCAAAUCCGCAACGAUGUAGUCAUUACACCGCAGGUUCUGAUGACGAAACGGGUGAUGUUGCGCUAAGUUUAGCGGUGGUGCCAAGCCUGUUCAGUCCGGAGCAUGUGCUGGAACAUCUGGCGCGUGGUCGUCGCGGCCACGAUCACAUCUACGACGACUUCCAUGAAGAAGAGAUGUUCAGGGAAUCAAGGAAUGCUGCGAGAGUGGCUAGUCGGGGAAGGAAAAGUAGUCCGGUUGGAUAUCAAAGGAAUGGGCGAAGACCACCAGUCGUGUCAGGAGCAGGUGACUCGUCAACGAGAUCAAGGAAAAAUCUUGACAAGAACAAAGACGUAGACGAUCACAACAAGCUCAAUUAAGGCUGUAGCUAAUGCAUCAUCUUAAUCCAAAGUUUGACUUCAUCCUUGAAACGUCGUAUGACGGAGUAUUACAAGGGAAUACGAAUACGAUUACGAGUACCCCCCCCAUUAUAGAUACUUUUCAAGUGGAUCAUGCACUUCUUGAAAGAUGAAUUUCGGAGAGUUCUAACUCAAGCUGAUUCCGCGGCAAACCUCUUCGACUUUAUCGGUAUCAGAAGACAACAAGUCACCCACAAUGGAGCAGCUGCGGCGGAAACGGGUGUCGUUGGCCUUGAUGCACGCGAGUAGAGCUAGAAUAUCGACGUCUAUGAGCUCCUCGUGUUCCGAUUGCGCACGUGGAAGCAGUUUUCGAAAAACGAGUCAGCAACAAGCAGCGGCAGCUUUCGCAGUGAACAAUCAAAAUGCUGCAGCAGCUUCAUCCUCGUCAGGUGCUUUCUCAUCUACAACUACCCUUCCCUCACCACGCCCCUCGCCACUUAUCCUCUGCAUCUUAGGCCUGUGCGGCUUCUGCCAGUGGAUUCUAGCGAUAGAGGGAACUUUUAGCGCUAUUUUGCGAAGAGACAUGACCUUGAUCCAAUUUCUGUGGACUUUGAGAUACCUAUCCUUUGUGCUGUGGAUCGUGGUCUUCGUUUUCGACAUCCUCUACUUUGGCGUUCCCAGCAUACCGCAGCCUGUUUUGGCAUAUUUGAGAAAAGCGGGAUCCUUAGGUGGAAGUGGUAGAGCUGAGGACCCCACAGGAAAUCUACAACUAGGGGCUCAUGCGAUGGGAGUUCCAGAAGGUGGAGACCAAUUCCAAUUGAUGGAUCAGAUACUAGAAGAUGACAAUGUAGUCGAUCAUGCUGAGGGCACCUUCUAUGACCAUUAUGACGACACUGUCGAACGAAAAAACUCUAGCAGCUCCGCCAUGAGGAAAUCUUCGAGAUCUAGGACAAGAAGCACUCCCUCGUUGAACUGCUCUAGGAGUACGGCAAAAUUCAUGAUGCAAAAUGGAAAUGGAGAGGAUCAUGGAGAUGAGGAGGAUGAUGCCUCUCUUGCAGUCAAGAAAAAGACCUCUUCAACUCCCAAGGCAGGUGUGGUUCAUCGAGAGCAGGGUCAAUUGUAUGACUCUGAUCAGCAACAUGAUCGCGUAGGGGACCAAGAUGACUACGACCAAGUUGGAGGACUAAAUGCAGCCAUUGCAAGACGCUCAUCCUCGACCUCGAAAGUCUCAGUUCCAAGGUCUAGUGGCUCAUCCCUAUGGAUGAUUGAUGAGGUAAUGAGCGACCUGAUCUCGGAGAUGCAGGACAAGCAAGACCACCUGGACCAACUGAUGAACGGCAUAGGAACAACUCAUCGCUUUCCGGAAAGGUUUCUGUAUUUUAAGCUAUGGACGACGAUGAAUUUUAAGCUAUGUACUUGUACAUUCACAUGUAGCACCAAGAACAUUUCUAAGUGAAUAAUUCGAAUUCCUAAGAUCAUGAGUCUGCUUGAGUGUACAACUUUGACAAUUGGUGUUCUGCUCGAGCUCACUGUCAACACUCAUCUCGAAGUACUUAAAAAUAAAAACCAAAAUCAUCCACUUCCACGUCCACUUCCACAGCUUCCAGAUCACGUCUGUCUUCUAUCUCCACUCCUCUAACAUCCGACCUGGAGCGUUGCAAAACCACUGCCCAAUACGCGCAUGUGCUUGCGGCAGUCACUGUUUUCGUAUUCGCACUUGGAGCGACGUACUUUGUUUACUGCAUUGAUCCAAGGAGAUUGACUGGGAAGACCAUUCAUUGUGCCAUGAUCGCAAGUGCUGUUACAUGGGUGUUGGUUCUUUUGCUGGUUUACUUUCGCAAAGACCACAUACGAAUAUUGCCGAAAGAUGUUUGAGUUUGACGUCAACAUUACUGUGUUCCUGCUGACAUUUAUUACUUACACGACACAUAUACAUAGCGACUAUGACUAAAUAAAAGAGUAAGAUGAAACCAUGUAGUUGUAUUGCAAAAAAUGUACAACGACCUGUGAAGAUGAAGUGGACCUUUGUUUUGUUUGGACGCUUUUGCAGGUCAACGUAAGAAUAACCGACUUCUUUCAACUUUGUAUGUUUCCAAAAACGAACACAACGGGUAACGUAAUACGCAAUUCUUCCUGAUCUGUGGACUCAGUCGUACAUCUAUAAUAGAACGCUGAAUCCUAAAAAAAUAUACUGCUCUUUUGCCUCUGACCUGCCUGAUUGAGGUAACUAAGACCGCAGAAAUGACGAUGUGACGGGUUGCAAGAC